UUAAAUUUACACACUGCGGUCACACUUCUUGCUGUCUCAUUGUAUACAAUUUCGAAUUUCACCCAAAAAAAUGACCCCGGCACUAGAUAUACCCCGUGAAAUCGGAUUCAACCAGCAAUUCUCAGUAAAUGUAAACGGUGUACCCACGGAGAUAGUGUUCCAUGGAUUCGCCAACAAGUGGUUCCUAGUGGUAACCCAACUGGGCAAGAUUCCUGGCAUUUACAAUGUGCACUUCGAUGUCAAAAAAGAUGAACGAGUGAUUCCCUAUCUCCAUGGACCCGUGGAUAAUCCGGAAUUUCACGUGUCGGUGCCCAUAACGAUGAACUGUUGCCUGGGCUUGGAUACAGAUGAGACUCGCAGCGCCAUCCAAUUCUUAGUCAACAGAACCGGACUCCACAAGUGCCCCUCGGAAUUUGUGGUGGGACUGGGUCUCAAACAGAUCGACGGACCCAAUCUGAGAGCCCUGGCCAAGGUGCUUGAGGAGAUGAUCUUCUAGUUUACAUUCUUAUCAAUUAAUAAACACUUGCUAUAUGACAAUGUU